UAAUGACAAAAAAAUACAACUUAAAAAAAAACUCGCCAUGCCUCUUAUGAAGUACGUUCGGACUGUCUACUUUGUAAAAAAGGGGUCUGUCCUGACAUUUGGGGAUAUCUGUCCUGUCCUGACAUUUGGGGGAUAUCUGUACUGUGCUGACUUUGGGGGAUAUCUGUACUGUUCUGACAUUUGGGGGAUAUCUGUACUGUCCUGACAUUUGGGAGAUAUCUGUACUGUCUUGUCUUAACAUUUGGGAGAUAUCUGUACUGUCCUGACAUUUGGGGAUAUCUGUACUGUGCUGACAUUUGGGGGA